UUAAAAAAAAAAAGUAAAAGAAAAUGAUCGGAGCAGGGUUGUCCGACCCGCUUGCACUUGCGAUUAAGGCGGCAGCCACAUCCUAAACCCGCGAGGGAGACAGAGAGAGGGGCUGAGCUUGAGGCCGAAGGGAUGCAUCUUCUCUCCGCAAUUUCAGAUUUUAGCAUUGCUUCCCAUUGCUUCUCAAUUAAGGGAGAGCGAUCAACCGCUGUUUGUCAAAAGCGCGGACAGCAACUUAAGAUUCCCAAGAGCUUCGCUCCUCCUCUCAUUGCUGUGCUGAUAGCAUUAUCUCCUAUCACCAAAACCCCAGGAUGCCUUGCCCAAACGGUAGAAAUUGAAAGAGGCGGUGCAUUGUUUAGCCAAUCUUGCAUUGGCUGUCAUGAUGGAGGGGGAAACAUAAUUCAGCCCGGUGCCACACUCUUUUCAAGUGAUCUUGAAAGAAAUGGAGCUGAUGAGGAAGAGGAGAUCUACCAUAUUACAUAUUAUGGCAAGGGAAGAAUGCCUGGUUUUGGUGAGAACUGUAAGCCAAGGGGUCAGUGCACAUUUGGUCCACGUUUGCAGGAGGAUGAGAUUAGGCUGUUGGCUAAGUUUGUAAAGAUACAGGCAGAUCGGGGGUGGUCAAACCCGUAGAUGGUGUUUGAUUUCUGCCCCAGAAUAUUAUGCUUCAGUUACCAAUUAUUAAUUUAUUGUUAUUAUUAUUAUUUUGUAUAAUAUUGAAAUCCUACCUGCCAUAUUACGUAUUUCCCAAAUUCUUAUAUGAAUUAGUGACCCCUUAUAUUUGAUAUAUAUGGUACGGCUCUAGCUAA